AAUUCAAUCCAUCUUAAAACGUGGAUUAAGGUGAGACCCACUUAAUUAAAGUUUCUAAAAUGGUGUAUAAAUAAGGGAAAUGGUGGGGUUGAAGCUCCAAGCACAAUCCCCUAAAACUAGAGCUUUCCUCCUCUGUCAAACAAAGCUAUGGUGCAGAAGAUAGCUGAUGAAUAUAGGCUACAAAUCAUUACAGAGCAAAAUAGUAAUAAUUUGAUUGUAGUGAGAGCAUACUGUGAAGAGAGUGAUAAGGUGGCGGUGGAGAAGCUGGAGAGGCAGUGUGAUGUCGGACAGAAAGGGAAGGCUUCUAUUUUCACCGAUCUUCUGGGUGAUCCUAUUUGCCGCAUUCGCCACUUCCCUUUGCACCUCAUGCUGGUUGCAGAGUAUGGAGAAGCAAGAGAUAUCGUUGGUGUUAUAAGAGGAUGUAUCAAACAUGUCACAACAGGCCAUUCUCAUCAUCCCCUGAACCUCGCUUAUAUUUUGGGCUUAAGGGUCUCUACUACUCACAGGAGGCUAGGAGUUGGCACAAAACUAGUUGAACAUCUAGAGAAAUGGUGCAAGCAAAAGGGUGCAGACUAUGCAUAUAUAGCAACAGAAUGCGCUAACCAGCCCUGCAUCAACAUGUUUACACACAAGUUUUCAUACACAAAAUUCAGAUCCCCCACAGUGUUGGUUCAGCCUGUCCAUGCUCACUACAAGCCAAUAAGCUCAGGGGUUGCCAUUGUGCGCAUUCCCCCGCACGUUGGAGUUAAAAUUUAUCGCCAACUCUUUGCAAAUGCGGAGCUCUUCCCCAUGGACAUUGACGCCAUUUUGUCCAACAAGCUUAGCUUGGGCACUUUCAUGGCAGUUCCUAAGAAGCUGCUUCCUAAUUGGAACCCUGAAACUGGGAUUCUUCCUCAGAGCUUUGCAGUGUUGAGUGUGUGGAACACUAAAGAAGUUUUCAAGUUGCAGGUUAAGGGAGUGUCUAAGCUAACUUAUGCAUGUUGCAUGGGGAGUAGAGUGUUGGAUUCAUGGCUACCAUGGCUUAGAUUACCUUCAUUUCCAGACGUGUUCAGUCAAUUUGGUGUGUAUUUCUUGUAUGGACUAUCCAUGAGAGGAAGUGAAGCGCCACGGCUGAUGAAGUUUCUAUGUAGAUUCGUGCAUAACAUGGCUAAGGAUGAUGUGGGAUGUGGGGCGGUGGUAGCAGAGGUAGGCCAACAGGAUCCUGUGAGAGCCGCCAUACCCCAUUGGAGAAGAUUUUCAUGGAAUGAAGACUUAUGGUGCAUCAAGAAGCUGAGAGAUUUGGAAGGGGAUGAGUGUAAUUGGAUCAAAUCUCCACCUUCAUCAGCAGGGAUAUUUGUUGAUCCUAGAGACAUCUAACUAUAUCUUUCUUUCUCCCACAUCAGUACACAAAAUCAUAAAAGGAAUGUUCAUAGCUUACUCUC